AUGUUGUUCAAUACACAUCCUCCAUCUGAUUCGAACCAUUGCGACAAUGGCUACCUAGAUCUGGGGCCUCCGCUCACAAUAUAUCUAUACAAUGGAAUACCACAAUUCUGGAGGAUUUGGGAGACUGAAAUGCAUCAGUACAACGCGGGUUACCAAGAUACUGAAUGGGUGCUGUUCACUCAUGUGGACGAGGAGACGUUCCUUCGCGACUUCUUCAACUCUCCCAGCAAAACAAUCACACGCAGCUGGAACGCCUACGACAAAAACCAACGUCUCUUACUUACGAGAAUGCCGUUUACAACCCCGCAUGAAGCAGCCGGAAGGACUUUCGAGUACUCAUUGCUCAAGGCCCUCCAACCCAUGGGGCUCGACACCAAGCUCAGCACCACCGGAUGUGCCACCCGUUAUGGGAAGGACGGCGGCAAACAACCUGAUGGCCAGUAUCAGCCAAAAAGACGCCCUCCAGGUCGCACCGCAGACUGGCCCGCCUUGGUCCUGGAGGUGGCUCUUUCUGAGCCGCAAUCGAAGCUGGAGUCAGAUGUGCGUUACUGGCUCCGCCAGUCAAACGGGGCGGUUCAAGUGGCCCUGACGAUGAAAAUCAAUCGACGUAUCCCCGAGAUUACCAUCGAAAAAUGGGCGCGAAACGACGAACAAAGAAUUGGGCGCCCGCAUCGGGAACAACGCAUCACCAUCCGCAAAGACGGCAAGAAACGCAUUGAAAUUCGCGGUGGGGACCUGGUGAUCGACUUUGAAAAGUUAUUCCUGCGCACGCCGAGUAUUCCGAGAGAGAUGGAUAUCCGACUAGGGGUCGAGGAGUUGCAGUACAUCGCGUUUUCAAUCUGGCAAGUGCAGAAAUUCUACAACAUUGAUGAUGAGGAGGCAGAUGAGGUUGGUCAGUAG